AUGGCUGGACCAGUGUUAGACUCGGCGCCGCAGAGCCCUGCACUGAAAAGAAAAAGAGCCGAUGAAGCAGAUGGCAUCAGCAAUUCCAUAUCCACACCCAACACCAAAUUGACCACCGCGUCUCCAGAGCAAACCCCCUCUCAGGAACAACCUGUCACCAAAAAGAAGCGGGGAAGACCUCGCAAGACAAAACCAGAUGACGAGAAUCCUAUCCCAAAGAGCGAAACAACAGCGCAACCCCAGACCCCUGCACCCGAGCAACCCAAGCCAAAGCCCCGAUCCUCCAGGACGCCAAAAGCAAAGACAGAAGCCGAGAGCGCGGCACCCCAGCGCACGCCCUCUUCACCCUGGCCCGAACCCCUCAAGACGCUCUGCCAGACCCACCGCGCCUUGAAUCUGGUGUACACGUUCUGCUGCACGCGAAAGCAUUUCGCCACGACGUUCGAGAAUAUCCGGACUGCGGUGCAGGCUCAGCUGGGCGGGCGCCGCGAGCUGACGGUCGAAGAUAUCGCGCGGGUGAAGGUCCUUGUGCCGCGGGCUGUGAGGCUAGAGUAUGUGGACGAGGCUAAGCUGGAGGUGAUGACGGUUGGGGAGAAGGAGACGGCGAGGAACCAUGCGUAUGGGCUGUCGCGUGCGGAGGGGGAGGAAUGUGCCGAUGGGGGUAGCGGUGUUGAGGCGAAAGAUGUGCUGCUGUUUGAGUUCGUGGAUGGGGAUUUGAAGCGGGAGGUGAGGCAUCCGAAGACCGGGGAGCCGACGAAGCCGACGCGAAAGAUGAAGGAUGAGGACUUGAAGAUGCCGGUGUACAGCCAGAAGCAGAUGCUUGGGCUGAUUGAGAAGCGGAAUAAGAAGUUCUCCGACGCCAUUGAUGCGUUUCUGGUGCAGUGCGAGGAUGACGGCGCCGAGCCAGUGGAGAGGUUGGAACGGGAGAAGGAGGCAUGGAUUCCCACUCCUCCCUCUGCGGAUAAUAGCCCGCAAGCAGAGGCUAUUUCGAAACUACCCCGGGAGAUUCCCAAGGAGCGCAAAAGCAUGGCAGAAAUUAUCGAGGAGAUCCGGACAAUGGACUGGUAUUCCGCGCAGAUCGUCCCUGAAGGCCAUAGAGUGUUUGAUGCUCAGGCUCCUGUGUAUGGAGACUUGACCUUUCAACUUUCGCAGGAUCUUGUCAAUGCGUUGUAUAACACCAAGGGCAUCACGCAGUUCUACUCGCACCAGGCGGACGCGAUCAACUCCCUCUAUGCAGGCCGGAACGUCAUUGUCUCUACAUCUACAAGCUCGGGCAAGUCGUUGAUCUACCAGGUCCCCAUGCUCCACGAGCUGGAAAAAGAUCCCCACAGUCGCGGAAUGUAUAUUUUCCCUACGAAAGCCCUCGCACAGGAUCAGAAGCGUAGUAUGAAAGAGCUGUUGCAGUACAUUAAUGGCUUGCAGGAUGUCAUGGUGGAGACCUUCGACGGCGAUACCCCCAUGGAGAACCGUAACCUCAUCCGUGACGAGGCGCGCAUCAUAUUCACCAAUCCAGAUAUGUUGCAUAUCACGGUGUUACCACAGGAGAGUUCGUGGCGAACAUUUCUCAAGAACCUCAAGUUCGUCGUCGUCGACGAGUUACACGUCUACAACGGGUUGUUCGGAUCUCACGUUGCGUUCAUCAUGCGACGUCUUCGCCGAAUAUGUGCUGCAGUAGGCAACCGACAUGUCAAAUUCAUCUCUUGCUCCGCCACCGUGGCCAAUCCAGAGGCACACAUGAAGGCGAUCUUUGGCAUUGACGAGGUCAGGUUAAUUGACUUUGAUGGCUCUCCUUCGGGUCGGAAGGAAUUCAUCUGCUGGAACACCCCUUUCAAGGACCCCAACGACCCGACAUCUGGUCGCGGAGACACCGUUGCUGAAACGGCUCGUCUUUUCUGCCAGCUGAUACUCAGGGGAGCUCGCGUGAUCGCUUUCUGCAGGAUCAGAAAGCUAUGCGAAGUUCUCCUGCAAGCUGUUCGGAAUGAAUUUCAGAACCUCGAGAGGCCAGAGGUGGGCAAGCUCGUCAUGGGCUACCGAGGUGGUUACAGUCCCCAGGACCGACGACAGAUCGAGAAAGAAAUGUUCGACGGUCAUCUGAUGGGGAUUGUUGCGACGAAUGCUCUUGAGCUGGGCGUUGACAUCGGCUCCCUUGACGCUGUGGUCACUCUCGGCUUUCCCUACUCCAUCUCAAACCUGCGCCAGCAGAGUGGUCGUGCGGGACGACGCAACAAAGACUCUCUCUCCGUGUUGGUCGGUGACAGGUAUCCAGCCGAUCAGCAUUACAUGAAGAACCCAGAUGAACUCUUCACCAAGCCGAACUGUGAGCUCCAGAUUGACCUCGCCAACGAACUGAUACUCGAAGGGCAUAUCCAGUGUGCCGCAUUUGAGAUGCCCAUCCGGCCAGACGAGGAUUGUGUCUACUUUGGCAAGCAGCUGCUUGUGUUCGCAGCUACCCGACUGGUUAAAGACAGCUUUGGGUUCUACCAUUGCCACGAGCGAUUCCGACCCCAUCCCUCUCGAUGUGUCCCUAUCCGAGACACGGAGGACCAACACUUUGCGGUCAUCGACACCACAAACGCGCGCAACAUCGUUCUGGAGGAAGUCGAGGCCUCUCGCGCCUUCUUCACCAUCUACGAAGGCGGCAUCUUCCUGCACCAGGGACAGACGUACCUAGUCAAGGAGCUGAACACGGACCAACGGUUUGCCCGCGUGGUCCGGGUUCAUGUCGACUGGAGCACGAUGCAGCGCGAUUACACAGACAUUGAUCCGAUCGAGACGGAAAUGAUGCGCCAGAUCAACAUGGUCUCGGCGUCCCGCGCAUUCUACGGCUCGGUCCAGAUCCACGCCGUGGUGUAUGGUUUCUUCAAGAUCGACAAGCGCGGACGCGUGCUGGACGCCGUGGCCGUGGACAAUCCACCCAUCGACAUCUUCACCAAAGGCAUGUGGCUCGACGUUCCCAAACGAGCCCUCGAGAUCCUCGAUUCCAGACACCUCAACGUCGCCGCCGCCAUCCACGCUGCCGAGCACGCCGUCCUCUCCCUACUCCCCACCUUCGUCAUCUCCUCGCCGGGCGACGUCAGAACCGAAUGCAAAGUCGCGAAGAAGGAACUCGGCCGCAACCUGAAGCUCGCGAACGAGAUGCGCGAUCGGCAGACCGCAGAAGCCGCUCGCAAGCUCCAGCCCCCGGCCCGGCAGCGGCCCGCGCGGCUGACCUUCUACGACGCGAAAGGCGGAUCGUGCGGCUCCGGCAUCGCCAGCAAGGCGUUCGAGUUCAUCGAUGUACUCCUCCGCCGUGCGGUAUCGCGCAUCGAGGCAUGCCAGUGCGUCAUCCCGCAGGGGUGCAUCGAGUGCGUCGGCGACGAGCGCUGCCAGGAGAUGAACUCCGUCAUGAGCAAAGCGGGGGCGGGCGUCGUGCUGCGGUGUCUGCUCGGGUGGGAUGUAGACAUCGACUCCUUGCCCUGGGGCGAAGACGUCGUGGGUGAGGAUGGACUGGCGGAGCUGGCGGGCGGUCUGGAGACCGUUGUUCUAGCGACUGAGGUGCCCUGGCGGAGCAGAUGUCAAUCUCGCGAGAACCAAGUAAUUAUUAAUCAAUAA